AUUUUCGAGAUUUCACCCCCUCUCCCGCGGCGACCACGACCCACCCACCGUAUCAUCAAUCAGCCUGCCGCUGAUUGACCACCGCCGACAUGGCGAUGCCAUCGAUCUCAACGAUAUUGGGCGUGGUGUUUCUAGCCUACAUCGCUCAUUCCAUCUACCAGAUGUCGCAGCUCUUCACGAAGCUGAGCUGCACGGCCCAGCCGUGCUACACGUCCUUCCUGGCGGAGAAGCCACGCAUGCAGCUGGCGCUCUUCACGUCGCGCACACCGCAGCCGAUUGCCAGCGAGGUGCAGGACAUCUACAAGGCGAAGCGCUUCGACUACAGCCGCCCCUUCGAGCACGACUUCGAGGUGGAGGUGCCGCUGCGGACGCGCCGCAACGGCUCGCUCUACAUGCACGUCGUCCUGGCACUCGAGGGCGAGCCGCUCGAGUGGCGCAGCCUUCGCCGCGACGGUCCCACCGUUCUGCACACGCUCAGUCUCACCGACUACAUGGUGCCCCGUGCCGAGGCAUUUAAUCUGCUCAGCGAGGCGGCAGACAAGCCUCCGACCAAAUCGGUGCAGGGCAAGGCACCCAAAGGCAAGCAGGGAGCAGCCGCCGCACGACCCAGCACCCACAUGCGCUCCAAUGUGUAUGUGACACUGCUGACGGAUCUGUUCUCGGUGUCGCAGGCUGAUGUGCCGCCGGAGAUGGCCCCACUGAUACGCGUCAAUCGCAAUCAGCAGAUCCUGCCCAUACUGCAGACGGACACGUUCAACACACGCAUGAAGGACCUGGUGGCCAUCACACGCAACACCACCGAAUUCACAUUCAGCUUCCACUACAAGCCCGUGGGCGUGGGCAAGCUCCGACUGAUGCUGCUCAUGGAGCAUGCCACACAGGCGCUGCUCACGAUCGGCUUUGCCACCAAGGACAUUGACGAGGUCAAGGGCAUAUUCUCCGACACGAAUGUGUAUCUGCUCUGCGGCACCAUCUUUGUGUCCAGCAUUCAUAUGCUCUUCGAUUUCCUGAGCUUCAAGAACGAUGUCUCCUUUUGGCGACAGAAGCAAUCCUACGAGGGCUUGUCCACCCGCACCACCCUGUGGCGUGCCUUCUCGCAGUUUGUGAUCUUUCUGUAUCUGCUGGACGAGAACACGUCCUAUCUGGUGAUUGUGCCCGUCGGCCUGGGCACCCUCAUCGAGCUGUGGAAGUGCAAGAAGAUAUUGCGCCUCGAGCUGAGCUUCAGCGGCCUUGUGCGCCGCAAGCUGGAGCAGCAGACGGACGAGCAGCCCAAUGGCCAACUGGCCGAACAGCAAACGGAUCAGUUCGAUCGCCAGGGCAUGCGGUAUCUCAGCUAUCUGCUCUAUCCGCUGUGCCUGGGCGGGGCGGUCUACUCGCUGCUGUACCAGCCGCAUCGCUCGUGGUACUCCUGGACCCUCAACUCCAUGGUCAACGGCGUGUAUGCCUUUGGGUUCCUGUUUAUGCUGCCCCAGCUGUUUGUCAACUACAAGCUCAAGUCGGUGGCCGCCCUGCCCUGGCGUGCCUUCAUGUACAAGGCCUUCAACACGUUCAUCGAUGACUUCUUUGCGUUCAUCAUCACAAUGCCAACGGCUCAUCGUGUGGCCUGCCUGCGCGACGACAUUGUCUUCCUCAUAUACUUGUACCAGCGCUGGCUCUAUCCCGUGGACAAGAAUCGCGUGGACACGGGCCUGGCCAUCACAGAAACGGCACCGGAAGCACAGGCACUGGCAACAGCCGGAACAGCCACUGAGGCUGCCAGCCGCAAGAAGCGUAACUAGAAACGCAUAAUGCAUGGAGCCAGUAGAUUGCACAUUCCAUUCCAUUCCGUCUAUAGCCCAAGUGCGUGGUCAAUUUUAGCCCCUAGAUUUGAUAAGAACAAAAGUCCUCAAGGAACUCCUUCAACUAGAAUUUUGUAGCAACAAAAACAA